AUGGGUAUCCACUUUCCAGUUUCAUUUCAUACUAACCGAAAAACUGAACCAAAAACCCUUCCAUCCGCUCCGAUCACCGCCAUUCUUCUCUUCCUCCUCCUCUCUCCGCUGCUCACCACUUCCUCCGUCGCCGGAGAACCUACCGCAUACGAGGCUCUCGCGAGCUACGAUUUCCCCUCGGGAAUUCUCCCUGAAGGCAUAACCGGCUACGAACUCGACGAAUCCACGGGCAAAUUCCGCGCGUUCCUCAACGGAACCUGCAGCUUCUCUCUGGAAGGAUCCUACGAGCUUAGCUACAAAUCAACGAUCAGUGGCAUUAUCUCGAAAGACAAGCUAACGGAGCUCAACGGCGUCUCCGUUAAGGUCCUCUUCUUCUGGCUUAACAUCGUCGAGGUCGUGCGUAACGGCGACGAGCUCGAUUUCUCCGUUGGAAUCGCCUCCGCUUCGUUCCCGCUCGAUAACUUCUUCGUGUCGCCAAGGUGCGGUUGCGGAUUGAACUGCGACGACGACGACGAUUUCCGAGUGAGGAAGCUUAAGUUGAGGAAUCCAUCGGUUUCGUCAUCGUAGAAAUUAAAAAAGGAAUAAGGAUUGGAACAUUUUCGAUUUUCACUGCAAUGCUCUUUCUAGAUCUGGCAUUUAAACCACAAAAUAAAUACAGUGUAGUGGUUUUGCUUAGUGUCUUGAAGAACAGGACUAUUAUAAUGGCAUGUUAAAUUGCAAUUGUAGCUUAUAUUAAACAAUUUGUAUGAAGGGGAUAUGGGAAUCAAUCACGGAUGUUUUAUUCUGAUGGAGGUUGUUUACCUGUAUACCAUAGAUCUUGUUACAGUAAUUUCUGUUUGAUACACUAUGCAUAAGCAAAAUCUGAAAAUUGUUUGAUAUGCACAGUAUUGGAAAAUGGAAAUUCUCUGGUUAAGCAACUUAAUUGUAGUGUGGCACAGG